GAAGUUAAGAUUUUCAAGACUUACCCCAGUUAAAUUUUUUCAGAAGUUUGUUGUUAGACUCGGACAAGAUGUCGGAGAAAUGUGAAGUUGAAUCAGUUCCUGAAACGGCGAAAGUUUGUGAAACUGCUUCUGAACCUGAACCUGUAUUAACUGAAGAGGAAGUAGGAAGUGAGCAGGGAACUUCCGGAAGUCUAGUUCCUGCUGCAGGUUCAGUUUGUGGAGAUAAGAUUGAAGGAGAAGGAGGAGAAGAAGAAGAUCAGGAGGAAGAGGAGGAGGGGGAGGAGGACGAUGAUGAAGAUUAUUCCCACGUGAUCCAGGGUACAACAGAGACCCUGUUGAACAAGCUGGAGGAAACCCUGGUAGCAGGAGGAGAGAGGGAAACCCUACAGGAGUGUGAACCCUCUGAUCUGGAUGAAGAAGGAAAGGAGAUUGACCAAGUUCUUGGAAUUAUCAGCAACUCCAUCUAUAGGGAGGGGGAAGGUCAGAUCUUCUCUAAGCUGUGUGACCGAUCUGCUCUUCUAUCCAUAGUUUCGCAUUCUCUCUCAGCUUAUAUUACAACCCUGGAUACUGUGCCACUCCAACGCCUUUCCAACAGGAUCGCUGGUGAGGUUUCUCUCUGGUUGAGCAAACUCAUGCAUUUCCCUGGCUCAAGUUCUCAUUGUCACGAUGAUAUCAGAGAGGGGUUGGUUCGAACCGUCCGUAUGGUUCUCCACAACACUUAUCCAACCCUGAGUGAGGACGGGUUCAAUGUUCUCCAGAGUUCUCCUCCUGUAAUCUACAUCACUACCUCAACCUACCAGGAUGCAGCGGAAUAUAUCUGUGUACAGUUAGGACUUCCCAGAUCCACUGUCAGGUUGGUUGUACCUGGAGAGAAUGAGAAGGAUUUCUCCUGGCUAAAUGAUGUCCUUGAAUCAGAUAUAGAGAAAGGAUUGACCCCACUCGUCUGUAUAGCUAACGUUCAUUCUUCACUCUUCCACAACCAGAGUGUUACUAAACUCCAGGAGAUAUGUUCGAGUCGGAAUGUAUGGUUACACCUGGAGGGACAUGCACUGAGUGCCCUUACUCUUCUUCCUGCUCAAGGAUACGAUGAGAAGAGGUGUGACAGUAUGACAUUAACCCUGGGGAGUUGGAUCGGGAUACCAGCAGUUCCAUUUGUUACAGUUUUCAGAGCAGACGUUGAAGCAGCGCAGUUAGCAGGAUUGGGAGUAGUUACUCCUUCAGUUCGGUUGAGCUGUCUUCCCUUGUGGUGUGUUCUCAGAUCUCUGGGGUUGAAACAGAUCAGAGAACGGAUACGCGGAGUUUUCCAGAUGCUUGAAGAGAUUACGAACAAGUUGAGCAGCAUGUCGUGUAUCCGGAUCCUAAGCCAGGCGACCGGCGCACACUUUGUUGGAAUCUCCGAGCUUCAAACCGGUUCUGUAGAUCCAGCAAACAUAUUUCAGACGGUCAGCCCAGCCAUAGCCUUCCAGUAUAUGUCAGAUACAACCCUUGACACAAGUUCCCGAGUAUCUCCAUACACUGACAACUUGAACUCCUGGCUUGGACAGAUUAUACAACGAGAUGCUGGUCAACUUGCUGUAGAAAUAGUUGACGUAGAAACUACAGGUUAUGUUCUGAGACUUUGUCCAUUCGAAGAUGUAUCAAUGAUUGGAUUGCUACAGGAAGAUAUUACAGCAUUUUUACAGUGCUUGGAUGAGAAAUGUGAUAUACUAAAUGCUACGGUUGCUCAAAGAUCUAAAUUCAUUCAAAUAAUAGAACAAGAGUCAUCAGCUCAGCACGUUGAUAUCUCCCACUGGGCUGGACUGGGCGGAGUAAGGUUUAUCCCCCAGGACUAUGUGGACAAGGAGACUGGGAAGGUUCUGGAGAUGGGAGAGGAAGAUCUACGCGUAGUAAACCAGAGAAACGUAGAACUAGUUGCAACCCUGAGAAAUACAGACUCGGCCUUCUCUCUAGGAGAAGGUCCAGCUCCUCAUCAUUAUAUGUGUGUUAGGUUUGGUAUGGUAACUAUGGAGACUGAUGUUGAAGAACUGCUAGCUCUGGUUCUAAACACAGGACGAGAUAUCGAUGAAGCCGUGGUUCAACUCCAGACUAUGACUGAGGUUGUUAAGCGUGGAGUUCAGCAAGCUCAGGACGAACUAAAGAGAGAAUCAGAUAAUCAAAUCUGGCAGGAAGGAAUACUUAGACAUGUCCCAAUAGUUGGCAGUUUUUACAACUGGCUGUCCCCUGUACCAGAGGAUGCUAAAGUGAAGGGGAGAUAUUUGAACCUACAGGAGGGGAAACUAGAAACCACAGACAAUAUAUAUAAACAUCAGAUGCAGAUCCAUAUUGAGGACGGACAAGAAUUGUAAAUUAAUGACGAUGAGUGAUAAAUCAAUUGUUAAAGCUAAAAUAUGUUUUGUAUUUGCGAAAUUGACUGCGCAACAAAAAUAUGAUAUAAAUUUGUACCAACUGUGCACACUUAAAAUAUUUAUAGAAUUUUAGUAUUUUUAUUUGUUAGAUUUGUUUAUAUAGUUUUCAUGAUUUGUUUUAACCUAGUAUUACAUUGCAUUAUAUUGUUUAUUAGAAAUUAGAAAUUUUCACCUCC